CUAAUUUAUAGAGAUCCUCGAAGCUUCUCUAUUUUCUCGUAACAAUGCAGUGGCGCUGUAUUAGCACCGCAAUAGUUUCGAGAAGGGACUUGUGACAAAGCAUCCAUUGCAUCCAUCCGAUGUUGACUGUUAAUGAAUAAUUCGCUCUUUCGUAAUCUGUCAAAUUACAAUAAUAUUGUGAAAAUACAUGGAAUGAUACAAGAAAUAGGAUAGAUAGUUAAACAAUGUUCAGCACAUGGUUAGGAGGUGAUGACCGUCAUUGUGGCAAAGAUACUAAUCAGACUCUGAAAAUAGACGAAGCAUGUUUGAGUAUCAUCAAUGAAAAUUCACAGCCCAUCAUAUUAUCUUCCAUUGUCGAAGAAUGUUACAUGUGUGAUCUAUUACCAUGGACUAAUUUAUCAUCAAAUAGUAAUAUCUCUCUGGUAGUAGGUACUAAGUAUCCCUUACUGGUAUCAUAUACAGAUAAUAUUAAUUCAGGAAGUGAGAAAUUAGUUUUUAAAGAGCAUGGUCAUUAUGGAUGGACCAUAACGGAUGAUGGUCACUCUGGUUUAUAUACAUUGUAUGAUCCACCAAACCAAUAUCGUCCAUUUUUGGUAGUCUUCACGAUAUGCGUGCUUGCAGCAUUACUGUAUGCUGUUUCAUUUACUUUACUACGCUCCUUAAGAAAAAUUAGUUUACGAGAACACAGUGACAUUCAAGAUGAUUUGGGAAGAUUACAAGAAAAUGAACCAGCAUCACAACCACCUCCAAGGAUACCAUCAAAGUCAAGCACGAGACUCCAUUCCGUGGAUGCGUUCCGAGGAAUAUGCAUACUGCUAAUGAUUUUUGUAAACAAUGGCGGUGGAAAAUAUGUUAUUUUUAAUCACAGCUUGUGGAACGGAUUAACAAUCGCCGAUCUUGUGCUACCUUGGUUCGCGUGGAUAAUGGGCUUUACGAUAGUCAUAUCGUUGCGUACCCAACUCCGAAUAUCAGUAUCACGCGGAAGAAUCAUUUUGCACUGUCUACGUCGAUCAUUGAUUCUCAUACUUCUUGGACUGAUUAUUAACUCAAAACACAACUAUUCGUUAAAGAAUCUUCGAUUUCCCGGUGUUCUGCAAUUAUUGGGUGUAUCGUAUUUCAUCUGCGCGACGAUCGAGACGAUUUUCAUGAAAGCCCAACGAAGUUACCACCCAGGCCGAUUUAUGUUCUUGCAAGAUAUCUGGGAGAAUUGGGCUCAGUGGUUAAUCGUUAUGGGUAUCGUAACGAUACAUACAUUGAUAACAUUUCUACUACCCGUUCCGGGAUGCCCAACCGGCUACUUGGGUCCAGGAGGUUACCAUUUUUUGGGGAAAUAUCCAAAUUGCACAGGGGGUGCCAUAGGAUACAUUGACAGACUAGUUUUUGGUAACCACGUUUAUAAUAAGACAGAAAAUCCAGUUUAUGGACACCUUGCCCCACACGACCCUGAAGGUUUAAUGAACAUCUUAUCGGCGGUACUUUUAGUCUAUAUGGGAGUGCAAGCCGGCCGAAUAGCUCUGUUUUAUUAUAACUUGAAUUCAAAAGUAAUUCGAUGGUUAGUUUGGGCUGCUAUAACGGGUAUUGUCGCUGGAGCUUUGUGCAACUUCAGUAAAGAAAAUGGUGUUAUACCCGUAAAUAAGAAUAUGAUGUCGCUUUCUUACGUUUUAACAAUGUCUAGCUUUGCCUUGAUUCUGUUUUCUAUACUUUAUUACUUGAUUGACUAUCGACGAUUCUGGUCAGGCGUACCUUUCAUUUAUGCAGGCGUAAAUCCUAUAUUUCUCUAUGUUGGCCAUUAUCUUACUAUGGACCUCUUUCCGUGGUCAUGGACAAUAAGUGGAGUGCCCAGUCACACUUCAUAUUUACUUAUGAAUUUUUGGACUACGGUACUUUGGGCAAUAAUCGCUUAUGGCCUUUACAAGAAAGAUAUUAUCAUAACUAUAUAAAGCACGGAAGACAAAUGUGAUGCUAAAGGGAAUGAACAACAAGAAUUCCGAAAUAUGCAAAAAUAGAUUCAUUUAGGAUGAGAUGCGCGUAUUCCAUAAAAAUAAAGCGCACAGUGUUUUCAAGACUAAGAUAUAUUGACUGCAGUAUUUUAACGUAUCUACUUUGUAAUUUCAUUCGAUUCUCAGUUCUUUGAUAUGAUAUAAAUCAUGUUAGUGUUAGUUGGGUAUACGUAAUGACAUAAAAUAUCCAAGUUUUAGCAUCAUUAGCCACUUUUCAAUGACUUCUUAAAACCUGCAUUUUUCGGAACAUGUUCUAGUUAUGUAGUUCAAUUAAAAAUAUAGCUUAUCUAAAAUAUUUUCAAUUACAGAAUUUACAAUAGGAUAUUUUAUAUAACUUGAGAUAAAAAGAAACUCAUGGCUGUAAACAUAGUUGAUAUAUUAACCUAUUAAGUUACAAAAUUAUAAUUACAUAGUUUAAAUAGAUAUAUAUUCUUGGUUAAAGCAUAAACAUAUGUAUAUUGUUACGCUUUUGUGUAAAAGUGUACGCACGGUAUGGUUAUACUAACACAUUACUAAGUACAUAGGUUUUUUUAAAAUAUAACUGAUAAUUUGCUUAAAUGUAAGCAAGGAAAUAUAUAACUUUGGUAAUUUGAAA